AUGCUGGACGAACGCGCGUCUGGCAACGGCUUGGUGGCCUUCGCCAUCGUGUACCUUACAUUUUUCCUUGACAAUGUUCUGCUUACAGUACUUGUUCCUAUAAUUCCGGAUUGGGUCCGCGGUGAGUCAUUGGCGCUUUGGGCCACGCAUGAUGCACCGCUAGUGAAGUUACUGAACACUACAGUGCAUCAAAUUACCGACGCUGACGAAGAUGAAGGUGUGGGCGGAUCGCAAGCAGUGGUUGGUGCUGUACUGGGUGCGAAGGCAGCAGCACAAUUGCUAAUGGCACCAAUGGCCGCCAAUGCUGUUUCUCGUCGUGGCCCAGCCCCCGUGCUUCGAACAGGCACAGUUCUGCUGGCUGUAGCUGCAGCAGUAUUUGCGUGGUGUGCGCGAAGCAGUACUGGCGUCUUGGGGGCUGGCCUGGGUCGGAUCAUACACGGCACAGGGUCAGCGUUGGCUGGUGUAGCUGGGCUUGCGCUUGCUGCAGCUCUACCUCCUCCGCGCCGUGACCGUGCCGUGGCUGUGCUGCUUGGGGCUGUUGCACUAGGAGUUUUAGUUGGAUACCCGUUUGGUGGCUCGGCGUACUCUCUUUGGAGCUCUGCAGCGCCUUUUCAACUCGUUUGCGUGGCUCUAAUUGUGAACCUUGGGUUACAAUAUUUCUUCUUACGCGAAGACAGUUAUCAAAUUCAAUUAAAUCAAGAUAACAAUAAUGACAAUUUAAACUACGCGAAACCGGAAUCAAUAUGGCGGGUGGCUCGUCGCGGCGCUGCGGCAGAAUGCGCGGGAGCCGUGCUAUUCACCACCAGCAUUAUGGCAGCCUUGGAACCAUGCCUACCAUUGUGGAUGCUAAAGAAAUUCCACCCGAAGCGAUGGCAAACAGGAGCCGCCUUUUUACCAGACAGUCUGGGAUACUUGAUAGCUACAAGUUCAUUGGGUGGGGUUACGAAGUGUGUCGGUGUUGAGAGAGUGGCGUUGGUGGGUCAGGUCUCCGUUGGGUUGGCGGCUUUAGCUGUCCCUUACGCCAGAUCAGCGUGGGGGCUGGCGCUGCCGCAGCUGUGGCUGGGCGCGGGGCUGGGCGCCACGGACGCGGCGCUGGCGCCCGCGCUGCUGGCGCGCCGGCCGCGCCGCCUGCCGCAGCUCGCCGCGCUGCUGCAGGCCGCCGCCAGCGCUGCCUACGCUGUAGGUCCAGUGGUGGGUGGAGUGCUGUCGUGGGCAGUGGGCUUUGAAACUGCGCUCCGGACCCUCGGCGUUGCUAAUCUACUCUACGCGAUGUUACUCUAUCGAGCGCUUCUAGCUCAUCCUCUCUCUCCGCAGUGGGGCGCGGGGACUCCCACCGAUGACGACAGCGACGUGGACGGCGCUGAAUUAACACCGCUUCGCUAA